GAAGAGAGAAGACUAGAGGAGCUUGGUAAAUUAAACGAAGAUGGGUGUUCCUGUGUACCAUGGAAUGAUAGGGUGGGGGACGUCUCGUGACAGAGACGAAUGUAUCGGCUGGUGGAGAGGUUGAAGGGAGAACGGUUGAUCGGCCGACUAACAUUAAGAACGGCGAAGGAGGGAAAAGCAAGGAGAAGGUUGGAGUAGGUGUACCGGGGUAGGGAAAGAGAACGAACGAGAGCGAGUGAGAGAACACUGGUCCGUCUAUGGCAGUGCUGCAGAGGGGAAGGGGCGAAGCCGGUGCGAAGGAGAGAGUGGCGAAGGUAGGAGAGAGUCGGUGCGAGUGCUAGCAAGUGACGGCAGAGAGGGGGUGGCGGCGACGGCUUGAAGGGUAGGGGGAGAGCAGUGCCUUGGCGCGAGCCCGAGGACUCGAAACUCCGGAAUUCCAACCGACAGAACAGUGCCGGCGGUCGUACGACGCGGGUCUGGAGAUUGUGUAUAUUGGACAGAGCGAAAGAGCUAGCGAGCGAGUGAUCGUGUGGGUAGAGAGGGGAGUGGCGGAAGAGGGGGGCGAGGGACACGAGGUUGAGGACGAUCGCUAGGCUAUUUACAAUCGCAGUUCGAAGGAUAAAUCGUGUGCUCGCGUCGUCGUGGCAUAGUUCUUUACGUUGUUCGUCGUGCCGGAUUCGAUUGGAAGAAAAUUAUUUACGGUUCCUGCGAAGAAGUCGCUCAGUUUCGGGCCGGUAGCACGAUCACCGAACUUCGCGUGCAAGUGACGGUAUGGACACGGGACCAGUGACAAAAGUGAGAAGUGAUCGAUCGUGAUGACCAAAUGAUUCGGAGACGAGGAGUCCCGGUCGUUGUUCUUGGAUCGCGUGAAUUCGUACGUCGGCUAGUCGUCGAACGGCUCGACGAGUGAGACGCGCGUCGGGUAUCAAGCGAACGGGCCAACAUGAUUCGUUUGACCGUUGGGACACGGCGUCGGCGGACGCAACUCUGGCAGAGGGAAGCCGGUUCCAGUCAUCCGAACCCGUCGAAGCGUCGUGUUCAUCGUCGUCGGUGGAAAGAUCGUCGAAGCUAGGGUGACGAUGCCGCACGCGGUGAUACACUCGACGUCGCACCAGCUGGAGCGAUCGGGAUUAAUUUGGACUUUCGUGACUGGCGUACGUGCGAUCAUAUGAUAAAUGUAGAACACGUUGUACCCCGGCUUUUUUGUUUUUUCCUUUCUUUUCGUUUCGUUCAGCCCCCUCGUACUCCAGCAGCGGUUACCGCCGCGAAUGUUUCGACGGUAACACGUGUUACUCCUGUUUCGCGCGUCAACCGAGGAGACAUCGUCCAUGUGCUCCACGCGAGGAAAUCCGUGGCAGCGGUCGUCGACGGCUGAAAGGAGGGAGGCGCGAGACGUCGCUACUUGACGCACGUGUUUACGCUCCCGACGUUUCAACGUUCCAACUUUUCUGUACUUGUUCUUACGGAGUCGGGAAAAGUGAAACAACGAGACGAGAGCAUACGCGACGAGGACAACGCAGACUGUUACCGGGAUUCCGCGGCCGCGCGUGGCGAGUCGACGCGCGCGCCCAUGUGUAGAAUAUUAUCCGGUCGUGUGAGGUGCGCCGAUCGUCUUUCUCCCUUCUGUUAAACUGAUAAGUGCUGUGCUCGCGACGAUAAAGGGACAAAGAAAAGCCGACGCGCGGCUUUCUUUCUACGGAAAGACCACGAGCGUCGGACAAGCGAGAGCGAAAUCGGUCGAGCGAGUGAGAGUGAGAGAGCGAGAGAGAGAGGGGCAGAGAUCGAAAGACAAUAUGAGUGAGAUGACGAGUGUGGAGCAGCAGCAGCAACAGCAACAGUGCGUGGGCGGCAGUUCGAAUCCGGAGCAUCAUUGCAAGGACUGCGGCCUCUACUUCGAAAGCGAUAAAAGUCUGGAAGUGCACCUGCGGUACCACCAAGAAAACCUGCUAAAUCAGUGGGCGAGCCAGGCACAGCAGGAGGAGAGUAAUAAUAACAAUAGUAAGGCUGGCAAUCACAACAGCCACGUGGGCGUCAAACGCGAAAGCGUAACCGCGCCGGCGGACUCGAGCGAGUCUUCCUCGAGGCCGCCCUCGCAAGAUCCUUCGUCCUCACAACAACAACAACAACAACAACAACAACAGCAACAGCAGCAACAACAACAACAAUCGCAACAACAGCAGCAACAGCCUGCUGGUCAAAAUUACAAUCAUUUUCAGGCGCCGAUGUUCGGCGAGACGAACUAUUUUAUGCAGAACGAACCGGCCUAUAUCCUGCCCCAUCAUUAUUCACCGCCACGAGAAGAAACGCAGAACAAUGGUGGCGGUGGUGGUGGCGGUGGUGGUGGUGGUGUCAGCAUCAGCGGUGGAGGUUAUUCGCGCUACCAUCCGUACCAGCAUCAGCAACAUUACCCUCCGGAACGCACCAGUUCAGUCAGUUCCACUAGUCCCAGAAGCCCGCCUCUUCAAUGUGAUAAGUGCGGUGCGGUGUACGAGGACGCGAAUCAACUCGGUGAACACGUAAGGACGAGUCAUACGAAUUCACCUAGUGGUUAUCCCGGGCAGCAUCAGUACCAACAAUUGGGCAACAGCCCGCAGCAACAAAAUCAACAGCCGCAAUCGCUACAUACGUCGCCGUCACAGUCCGGCCAACAGCAACAGCAACAAUCCGGUUACGAUUACAAUAGUGGCCAAGCGGUGAAGACGGAUGUGAAGCAGGAGCCGGAGGAGCAAGCGGAGAUAUUGGAUUUGGAUUCUCACAAAGUUCAAACUCACAGAUAUGAAGAAGAACUUAUGAGGCUCCAUCAACAACAGCAGCAAGAACUGCAGAUGCAGAUGCAUCAGCAGCAGGUGAUGCAGCAGCAGCAUCAGCAGCAGCAGAGGGCAGGUCCGCAUUCGGUGAGUUCUAUGCUCGGUUGGCCACCGGCCGCUCAACCUCAUGAUUAUCAUCCCGGGUUAUCGCCAAUGGGCCCGAUGGACAGUGUUUCACCGCUCCCGGAUCAGGGUCAAUUUAUGCGUGGGCAACAUAUGUCUGUCGAGCCGCCGCGUCAUCCAGGCUCACCUAUUAUUAGCAGUACGCAAUCGAUCCCUGGACAUCAGAUGCCUGGUGGCCUCCUGCAGCAACCACCAAAACCUCCGCCGAUGGCCAAUCAAUCGUGGAAAAGUAAUGAGGCGCGGCGACCAAAGACCUACAACUGCACCGCGUGCAACAAGUGGUUCACCAGCUCGGGCCAUCUGAAAAGGCACUACAAUACGACGCUGCACAAGAACGCGGUUAAACAGAGCAACCAGCCGGAUCCAGCCAGUCUCCCUAUCAGUGCUCAUCAUCACCCCGGUAGAGACAAUCAUUCGAAUAGUGGAAGGAGCGGAGGACCACCAAGAUCACCUGAAUUAUCUGCUUCCGCAAGUCCCCCAAACUUGAUGGCAGGUCCCUCGGGAGAGGCGGCGAGGGGCCUGCUUCACACGCCCACCACCACCAGUCUCUACAACAAUUCCAACAACAACAGCAACAGCAGCAGCAGCAGCGAGUCUUCGGCGGCAGUGGCAGCGGCGGCUCUAACGCAACAACAACAACCGCCUUCGGCGGUCCACUUGGGCUCCACAAUGGUGCCGUCGCUCAAUUCCCCGGCACAAUCUCCAAUGGCGGGCCACCAUCAGCAACAAAUGGGUUCCCCAUCCCCUCAGCUGGGCCUCCAACAGCAGCAACAGCAGCAACUUCAUCACCUGCCAAUGGGUUCGCCAUCGGGCCAGCUUCCGGUCCACCAUCCCAUGAGUUCGCCCAUGUCACCCAUGCACCCACCACCGGCGCCCCACCUGAGUUCCCCUUCGCCAAUGGGCUCGUCCCACCCGCACCACAUGAGUUCGUCCUCUCCCAUAACGCCGGGCUCGGUCCACCCAGCAAUGGCUUCGCCCACGGCGAUGGGGGGUACUACGAUGCCUCAUCAGCCGUACCCAAACGCCUUGCCCCCCCACGUUACAACUACUACCAACAUCCCGGGCCUGCUGGAGUCUAUCACCAUCCAGCUAACUACUACUGGUAAUGAGAUGCCUUUAACGCUGUCUGGGCAAGCUCAACACCAACAAUCUCAGCAGUCGCAGCAGCAGCAGCAGCAGCAAUUGCAGUCUCAGGAUGUUUUACCCGGUUUCGGCACCUUUAGCAACCAUCAAAGGGCCUUGCCGAGUUUCACUCAGUUUAACGUUACUGGGUUUUUAAUUGGCCAAAAUCAACCUCAGGCCGUUAACGUGGGGGGGCUAAGUCCGGAGGAGAACACAUCUCCUCAAGAUAGAUCUUUCGAUUCAUCUGGAUCAAAUUACGAUCCGUACAGAACUUCGCCGCCACGGUACGAGUCCCUAACGAACUUGGACAUGGAUAUGCAGCCGAACACCGACGGCAUGAUCAUCAAGCAGUACGAGAUCCAGACGCAUCAUCUGCCUCAUCCUCUUCAACAGUCUCGGGACAAUCACGAGGCGAACAACAAUUUACCGCAGAUGAUCCAAGCGAAGGAAGAGUUGAACCCAAACGUCGGCAGACAAUUUGAAAAGGAUCACAAGUCGAAAGGGAACACCGUGGUCACGAAGGAGCAUCAGGUGACCAGCACCAACACCGGCUCGCACUAUAUUUCACAGGACGGCUUUCACAAGUGCAUCGAGUGCGACAAGGUCUUCAACAAGGCUUGCUACCUGACGCAACACAAUAAGAGCUUCCACUCCGGUGACAAGCCGUUCAAAUGCAAUCAGUGCGGCAAGAGGUUCCCCCUCGAGUACCUGCACGCGGAGCACUUGCAGAAGCACGCCGGUGACAAGCCGUACAAGUGCGAGAUAUGCCCGAAGCAGUUCAACCACAAAACUGACCUCAGGCGGCACAUGUGCCUCCACACUGGCGAAAAGCCGUACGCCUGUGAUAAUUGUGGCAAGGGAUUCAUCAGGAAGGACCAUAUGAUGAAGCACCUUGAGACGCACAAGAAGAAGUCCAACAACCACAACGUCCAUCUGCGGGCGUGAUUUCUAAAGUUUGAAGGGACGUGCAUCAUCGUGGAACACGGCCGUUAUUCAGUGAUCCACGCCUCGGUCUUCAGUGUUUGUUUAGCGAAAGGUGAGACUACCGUGUACACUAGGAGAACUACCGCGUGAGCACGCGACUUCGUAAUCGAUAUUCGCGCAUUAUCAAUCAGAGACACUGCGACCCAUGUGCGUACACCUGGUCGAACGUGAUCAAAUUUGUAGUUUAUUAUAUAUUUCUCGGUUAAGGCAGUCCCGAAUAUCUUUGUCAUUCGAUUUUCACGAACACCCGGGUCGAAAAUGAUAUAUUUCUCGAAUCACCUCUGGAUCGGCGAUAGGACGACAUCCUUUCGCGCCGUUGUUUUUUCGUUUGUACAGAAGAAAAGUAUUACGUUCGUUUCCUUCGAGCAGUUCAUCGAUUGGUUGUUGUUAUUUAGAGUUUAACUUUCUCGCGAACUCUCGUGUCAGUGAUGAGCGACGGUGCUCGGAAAAGGAUAUUGGUGUUUUUGCUCAACCGCGUAAUAUUUAUUUGACGCCAACUUGGGAUUAUUGAAUCGAGAUACAUUUUACACGUUCCAACGAGCAGAUUUGACAUCUGUAAAAAUUGAACGACGCGUGGCGGGCUAUGCGGAACUUGAUUUCUACUUUUCUUCGCGUCACGACCGAUCGAUCAAUCGGUUUUCUAAGGGAGAAUAACAAGGGCAAUUAAUUCUCGUUACACAUAUCGCGAGUCGCGAUACGCAGAGUCGAUCGUGAAAAGAUUGGCGGGGAACGUCUUGUUUUUUUUGUUCCGAUGCCAAUUGCUCGACUCGGUGGAUCACGAUUUCCGUUUUAAAAGCAACCCGCCAUGACGUUUCGGAUAUACAUAUGGUUUCCUUCCUCCGCAAAAAAUAGCACACUCGAUAAUAACUCCGAAAACGCGCAAUGGAGAUUUCUAAUGCGACGUUGGAACCUUCGAAGCUUAUCAAUUGUACAAAAUAUGUUAAAUGUAUAGGCGUAUAAUUAUUCUAAUUAUCAUCACUGUAAUUAAUUCAACUCAAUUGAGUAUCGUCUAGAAAGUGAUUAUUAAACCUAUUCAUAAUACUCGUAUUUUAUAGCGUAUAUAGCGUACAUUGUCGAAGGAAAAGCGCGAAGAAAAAAAAAGAAAAGUGAUCGUGAAAAGACGCGACAGCGGAAUCCUGGGAUAAUUCAAUUUUGCUUGUUAUCAUUAUUCGACUGACAGGAUCUUUAGUCCCCGAUAUUACGUUAAUUUGUUUGUCCCGCGUUUGUUUUUUCCGUGUACAUUAGCUGUUGGAAAUUAUUCAAAGACGAAGUUAGGAUAUAUUCUUUUAUAAUCACUUAACCAAUUAAACGUAUAUUUAAUGUUCAACUUACUGACACACCUCAAAACGUUCGUUACAUUCCGCCGAAUUUCACUGCAUUCCAAUUGUCGAGUAAUCGUCAAGCAGAUGAAUUUCCACUCCGCCGUGGCGUCUUUUCUUUUUUUUCCCGUUUGAAUUAUAAGAUAGCCUAAGUUCCGAAUUGUACGUUGCCCGGAUUGAAUCUUGCUCGUGUCGUUUCUCUGACUAGAAUGAACGCAAUGUUUAUCGGUGAACGCGUAUCAAAAGUAGAAAUCGAUUAAUCUCUGCUCGAAAUUCUGUUAUUUUCGAAUUUUCGUCCCGGAAGUGUUUGCAUUUUCAUCGUUUCACUUAAUGUCUCAUUCAAAUGAAUUUUCGCGCGAACGUGUUGCGAUUGAUUCGCCCGUAAUUUAUAAUCAUUCUGGCAUCCCGCGCAGCAUGGUGCAUCUAAUUGCGCGACACCGUGACGUACGAUCAAUUAAUGCUCGAUUAAUUGCCCGCGGAGCGCGAAACGAGCCGAUCACCGAGGAUAGGAUCGGAUCUCUCCUCUCUCGCGACACGAGCGAAUUUCCCUUCGAGCUGCGCACAGCAUGUCACAUUCACACGUACACAUACCUCUCUACACACAACACGCUAUACACAAAAUAUAAACGUUAGCCUCGCUGUGACAAAAUAUAUGCGGGGUUUGGGCAUAAUUGUUACUUUCGUUGAUCAUUGUUUUUUCUUUUUAAAUCCAUCAUAGAUAUUCAAUGCUUGUUUCGACGUGACGGACCAUUGCAUUUUGUAGUAGUCAGUUACGUUCGUUUGUUAUUAAUUGUCCUUUUAAUAAAGAAUCAUUUGUUUGUAAUUCAUUAAACUGAACACGCACGCGAUUGGUUUUCUAUUUGUUCGUCCGAGCUAUAUUUUGAAUAACGUUCCUCCUAUUUUAGGAGAUCGGGCCAUUGAAAACAGCACACCUUUAUGACGCGAAUAUUUGAGAAUACUAUUCAAUGAUAAUUUUGGUAUCAAUGAAUGCAAAGUAUAUUUUUCGGCACGACCAUUUCUGAGCUCGCCGAAUUUUCGUUUCGAUUCGCACACCGAAUUGUACAUGCAAUUACAGUAUAUUAUAUUUUAAUGAUACACGAUCUCAAACACAUACAUACAAGCAUACACAUCACGCGCGCACACACACACACAGGUAAAACGUCCUUUCACGAGUUUUCGUUUUUCUUUUUGUUCUCUUUUUAUUAGUAGUUUCGUAUGAAAAAGCGACGAAGAAGUAAUACGUGAAAGCGAGCAAAAAGACGAUAAAUUAUAUAGCACUCUUGCCAUUUUUACUACGUAAUAUGACACCCAGAACAGACUACCUCAGAGUUCAGGAAUUUAACGAUGAAUGAAAGGAAGAAAGAAAAGAUGAAAGAGCCAAUGCAAUAAUAAGUAAUGUUAUUAAAGAAAGAAAAAAAAUGAGAGAAUGUAGGGAGUGCGCACCCGUGCGAGCGGAACGAUGUACUUGAAAUAUUGUUCUUUAGUUUGUAUUAGAAAAGAAUCGUGACGGUUGUCACCAAAAAAACUAGCGAUCAUUCCGAAAUAAAGAAACAGUAUUUUGAACAUUCCAUCCGCUAAUCAAUAUUUAUUCUUGUUACACAAAAUUCCUAGUGAUCUUUACAGUGAUUCUCGAAUUGGCCGGUGAAUAAAACAAAAGAAAAGAAAAAGAAGAAAAUCAGAAAUGAUAUGUAUUCUCUUUCCUCUUUGUUGUUGUCCGAAAGUUCCUCGAGUCGCCCGCCGGUCGUGUAUUAGAACAUUUAACGUAUAGCAUCUAAUAUAAACGAGAAAAAGAGAGAUAGAGUGAGAAAGUACGAGUGAGAGCGAGAGAAAGGAAGUGAGACAUGAGAAAGGGAGAAAGAGUGAGCGAGAGAGAGAGAGAGAGUGAGUGAGUUAGAAUGAGUGAGAGAAUAGAUUGUUGGGGGAGGGAGGGGCGUAGAGAUGGAUGUACGUUUUAGAAACAUAUCAAACAGUAUUACUGUACACUCAGUUUAAUUAUUAAAAUAAUCAUAAAGUUAAAGGGUAGAGGCGGAAAAUAGAGGAGAAAGAAAGUAAACGGUGCGUCGAUUACAGGAGCGAGCGAGAGAGAGAGAACGAUCGUGAAAAUACAUAUUUCCGAUAAUCAUAUCAUUGUCAGACAAUUCGUCUUGCAAACGCGUUUAACUGCAGAAGCGCGAAAAUGGUGAGUGUGUGAGAGUGAGGGAAAGAAUUACGACUGCAGAGAAGUUUAGCGAGGAGAUGAGGAGGAGGAGGAAAGAAAGAAACAAAGAACUGAAUGAAAAUAUUGCGCGUUUUCGUUCUGCGAUGAAAUGGUGACAGAAAUAGGUAGGUAGAUAAAUAGGACGGAGGCGAGAAUGAUACAGUAAUCGCGUUACGAAAUCAAUCCACUUGGGCAUUUAACUGCGAAAUGUAUUCUGCGAGCGACGACGAAGUGGCGAAAAACUACUUCUUUUUUUCGUAGGUUUGUUUUCAGACAAGGUGCGUUCCACUUGUUUCUUGUAUUAUUAUAAUUAACUAUGAUUAUUAUUAUUAUUAUUAAUAUAUAUUACGAAUAUUAUUAUUAAUGAAUUAUUAUUACAAACGGCGCACAUCGUUGGUAUUUUUCACUCGUUCCGUGAGCGCGUUUUGGUGCGAGAGUAUGUUUCUAAUUGUAAAAUAAUUGUUCCGGCACACGAGUGCUAAAUUAUUAUAUAUAUAUAUAUAAAUAAUUAUGUAUACAUACGUGUAUAUAUUUAUAUACACACGG